CACAGUACACGAGCUUCCGCUGUCGGACUACGGUUGAGGAGAUUGAUGUAACUGUGAUAAAAUCGCGGCGUGUCUUCUGAAAGAAGGGUAUUACCAUACUUAGCCGCUUGUUGUCUGCUCGAGAGACUUUCAUUCAACAGUUAUCAUGGUUCGCCAAGUGGAAAAUUUGGAGGAGUUCAUGGCCAUCCUGAAGGAGGCCGGAGACAAGCUGGUGGUGGUGGACUUCACAGCCACGUGGUGUGGCCCCUGUAAACAGAUCGCCCCACAAUUUGUAGCACUGUCAGAAAAGCCUGAGAACAAGAACGUAAUAUUCCUGAAGGUGGAUGUGGAUGAGGCUGAGGAUUUGAGUUCACACUGUGAUAUUAACUGCAUGCCCACAUUCCAAUUCUACAGGAAAGGAGAGAGGGUUUCCGAAUUCUCUGGUGCUAACAUAGACAAGUUGAAAUCGUUACUGGAAUCUCUGAGACAAUAAGUUCAACCGACCAAUCCACAUGCGCCCUGGUUGUAUAAACACCGCAGAAGCCGCUGUUACGCUCUGUCCAGGGCUCAUAAAUUUCAGUUCCAUUUUAUGUACAAUAAGCAUUAGGUCUUCUAUCCAGUAAUUUAUUCCACUCUUCAUGUAUCGGUUAAAUAGUCCUGUCAGCUCGUUGUAGUAUCAACUGUCUCAAUGACGAGCUGGAAAUUUGACCAAAAUCUGAUGUGAUGACCACUUUUUAAAUUCUGUUUUAUAUGAAUUGAAGAAUUGGCUUUACUCCUGACUCUCCUGAACUUUUCUUUGUACGUUAUGUGUUCAACAAAGUGGAUUUAAUAAAUGAGUUACAGAAA